GCACGUUCGUGUUAAUCGUUUGAAUUGUUUGAAUAUUAACAUCGAAAUAACAUAAUACACCAAUAAUGCAAAUAGAUGAUGUUGAAAAACAGUGACACGCUACAGGACAUUGACGCGUCGAAUAUCCAAUCAAGAUAAAGAGAUUCCCUUUUAGCUGUCCAAUCACAGUCAGGCGGGCGGUGCGCUCUCGGUUCACGGGGAAACCGGUAUCAUGUAGCUUAGCCGGCUUGCUACGGUAGUUUGUCGCUUUCUGUAAUUUAGUUCAUGAGCUUGUUAUGUCCUGUAGCAAAAAUAUAUCCUAUACUAUGUAUGUAUUUAUGAAACAACCAUGGUUGAUGUACUGAGUGUCGUUUUCCAGCGGUUUGGUUCACAGCUGCAUCCAGCAGGUGAUAUAAAAUUGUCUUCUGAGCCGGGGAGCAGCGCUCUGGUGGUCGGGGAUGAAAACAUCAACAGGGCGCUGUUAUUCCUCACAGCUAUAACAGCAGCUUCAGAAAUGGGACACAAAGUGCUGUUUUUCACUCAAAAUCAAUUUCAGAGCCUUCCAGUAACCGUGCAGGAUUCAUCCACAUCUCUGAAGCCUGACAGUCUGAAGAAAAUCCGGUUUGUGUAUCCCAAGACGUUGGAGGAGCUGCUGGAGGACGUAGCAUCCCUUCACGAGCUGGUGACCGAGACUGCACCACUUCCUUCCUUGCUAAUCAUAGAUGGAGUGGAGCAGUAUGUGUGUGUUCAGAACAGGCUGCAGCAAGAUUCUCAGAGCACAGCUGCUCACAUCGUCGCUCUCCUGCACGACACGGCUGCUUUCCUCAAGGCUAGAACUGAGAAAAGCCAACAGCCUCCAUUCAGGGUCAUCGUCUCUUAUCAGCCUGAGUGGGAAGGGCGAGCAGGUGACGUGUUUGCCCCAGAUUCCAUCCUCUUAGUCCUAGAGCGCUACCUGCAGGUGAGGUGCAACUUGCACAAAGUGAUAAAUGGCGGAGAAGUGCAGAAUGAGUGGCUGCUGUAUCUCUCGGGUCCGGGACUGCACGUGGAUGGGUAUGGUAAUUUAGAGAAAUGUGUGCGAUUGCAGUGGCGUGUGGUGAUGCAGUCUAAUGGGGCACUCGAGUUCAGGCCAGAAAGUGCACCAAAAGAUGAGACCUCACAAGUACAACAUUCUGAUGGUGGAAAUAAGACAUGACACGCCAAAGAGUUUAUUGAACUUUUAUUUGAAUAAUAUUUGGGGUGGGUGGGGAUACUUUUGUGCUGCACACUCGGACACAGUGUAACAAAAGUCUUUGUAAACUGGAAAAAUAAAAUGUACCUUUCAUGGUUUUAUGAAUGAA